AUGGCAGACUUGGUUGAAAUAGCCUACGGUGGCAGGCUAAGGACAAGGGAUGCAGAGGUCUACAAUGGCAGACCUACCGAAAUAGCUUAUGACUGCAAGCUGCGUCCAAUUGAUGGUAAAGUCUACAGUCUACGAUGGCAGAUUAAGACUCCCAAAAAUAUGCAUAAAGUAGCGGACUAUCUACGAUGUUUACGACAGACAAACACCAUUGAAGAAGCGGACGAUGGCAGGCUGCUGGCCAAUUAUACAGGCAAUACAUUCAACGGUGACAAAGUAUUUCAGAAGAGAUUCGAUGGGAUGUUAGAAUUUUAUCGAAACUUUUCGGAAUACGAGAAUGGUUUUGGUGCAAAAGAUGGAGAAUUCUGGCUAGGUCUUAAAUACAUACAAGAACUAGCUGCACAUGGGGCAACGGAGGUUAGGCUGGACAUGUCCAAAGCAGACGAUACAGAAGCAUAUGAAACAUUUCAAGACUUCAGUCUGACAGGAACUAGCUAUACACUCAACAUUGGGUCGCGCACAGGUUCAACAG